CACCGGUAAGACACUGCAACUUGAACCUGGGGCUUUGAUCCAUGACAAGCUGAGCAUUUUUUACUCAAGGAGCAGUCUGCUGUAGUAGACACAUUUCCUUUAUAUUUGUGGGAAUAUCUGUUGCGUGGACAAUGACUUCCAGAAGACCAAUGACCCGUUCUUACUCUGGUAACGGGAGGUCCGGCGGAAGCUACAAUGAGGAGGAGGUCAGCUCUUCGAAUGGCCGCUUGGAGAGCAGCAACUACCUCUCCAAUGUCAGGCCUGAAAACAGCUACUCAAGGUAUUCUCAAUCCAGGUCAUCGAGGAGUACAUUGUUCGGUGUGAUGGCUCAGCUGACUGAGGACACCCAGCCUGUAUUUGAGACCACCGUUAAAUCCAAGGCUGUGUCAGAGAACUGUAAUGUGAAGUUGACAUGUGUGGUUACAGGUAACCCAGCCCCAGAACUGACGUGGUACCGAGACGACAUGGAGUUGGACCGAUACUGCGGUCUUCCAAAAUAUAAAAUUGUCUGCAAUGGAAAAACUCACAUACUCCACAUUUACAACUGCACAGUGGAUGAUGCAGCCAUCUAUCAGGCUUCAGCCAGGAACAGCAAAGGCAUUGUCUCCUGCUCUGGGGUUCUGGAGGUAGGCACCAUGAGCGAGUACAAGAUCCACCAGAGGUUCUUUGCCAAGCUGAAACAGAAGGCAGAGAACAAGAAGAGGGAGUUGGAGGAGAGCAGGAAAAGGGGCAAGGAGAACGUCCAGAAAGAGCCUCGGGAACAGCAGCCUCUCCGAAGCAGCCCGAUCCCCUCUCAGAGGAAGCGCCGGGCCUCAAGCGUCCCCUCCUAUCCAUCAGAUGGGGAGGAGAUCACAGUCAGCCAGGGGGCAGAGGCUGUGGAGCAGCUAGCUCCUGCUGUUGAAGAACCUAAUGGGGUCAGUGCUAAAGUCAGUGAACUGGCUCCAGUAAAACCUACAGAGAAUGGGGGCAAAAUUCCCAACAGAGAAACCAGAGAAGCCAAAAAGAAAAUAAAGAUCUCAAAUGGUGUAGAUUCUGGUGUUGUCAGCAGUAGUCAUACAGGACCGGGCAGUAGUCAUACAGGACCGGGCAGUAAUCAUACAGGACCGGGCACCGGAGAAAAUUCAUAUGAUGGAGGGAUAAGUUUGUCUCAAUUUCUGGCAGAUACUCUUCAUUCACAGACUGCUGAAGAAAAGAUCCCUGCACAAGUGGAGGAAACAUUGCCAGCGGAGAUAAUGGAUACUACUGCUGCUGAUCCUGAAACAGAUGUGAGAGAGGAGAAGGGGAGAGAGAGGGAGGACAGAAAGGGGACGGACAGAGAGAGGAUUCUUGGAGAACAGGAAAGAGAAAAAAUGAGAGGGGGAGAACUGUCAAUUGAGAGAGAAAAAGAAAGAGCAAGAGAGGCAGAACAGCUGCAUAGGACAACAGCACAUAGCAACACAGCCUCAGAAGUCAAAAUGGAGGCUAAGGCGCAUGCCCACAAGGAGGGAGAUCAUCACGAUCACCACCACAUGCAGGAAACUCUUUCCAAUGUGCUCCACUCAGUCAAAUACUUUUUCUUUGGUAAGAGCAAGAAGGAUCAUGCUUCUCAUGAUCAUCAUGUGAAAGGUCAGGAGAGCGAGAGAGGUCAUCCAUUAGCCCCAACACAGCCAUACCCUAGCCUUCCCCAUCCACAUCCACAAGAGCAAGAUGUUGUUGAUAAAAAACCCACAGAGGAGACAGUACCCAUGGAGGUAGAUGGGCCACAGAAAGCCCCAAUAACGCUGUUACCACAUGAGCAGCCAGAUUCAUUGGAGCGGUUGAACCCAGAUGAACACAAGCGUGGAAUUACUUUUUCACACCCAGAAGAACCCCCUUCAGCUUCCAAAAGAGCACCAGAGAGUGUGCCUCAUUCACUGGAGCAUGUUGAGCAGAGGGCCAUGGAUGUAUGUCUGGAGGUGAUCAGCAACACUACGGAGACAGUGCCCAUGUCUGGCCCUCCAGCCCUCAGUGAGGCUGCUGAGGAUCAGACCCAGGCAGACUCAGUCCCCCACAUGGUUGUCUCAGCCCCACAUGAGAUAAACAUCCAAGUGUUUUCAUCCGGGACUGAUCAGGUGACAAGACUAAAUGAUAAAACUGAAGAUUUACACAAACAGGGUAUAUCUGACUCUACACAGAACCCAGACCCCAGCAGUGGAGCAGGUCCCCACAUGUCAAACCUAACUAGUAUGGAUGACAGUGGGAGUGCUCCUAACAAUAAUGUCCCACCCACAGUCAGCCAGUGCCUCAUCGAAAGUGAAAAAGAGAAGGAAAUGCAUGUGGAUGAGAAGGGCAUUGAAAGUGUCUAUAAGAAUCAAGGAGAGAAAGGUGAUGUCAAAGCAGAGAAUCAACCAUGUCCCUUUUUAAAUGUGAGUGAAGGGAUAUUUUAUAUCAAAACACUUGCUGUAGAAGAGAGAAUUGAAACAUGCCAUUUUAAAACACAAGAGCAGCAGACUCUUACUUUGGAUGAUAAAGUUAAUACACACGAUUCUAAAUCCCAAGACAAGUAUAUUGAUACUUUGCAAGAGAAUGUAGAGAGAAUUUCUUCAAAAGCACACAUAGAAUGCAUCCCGGUUUUAGAGGAGAGUAAAGAGAAAAUACAUAACAAGGAGGAGGAGAUACAUUUUAAAAGAUUGGAGGAAUCUUCUCCCACUUUGCUGCAAAAGAGUUUAAAGAAUAGAGAUCUAAAAAUAACAGAUGAAUACCCUCCUGUGGCAGUGGAGAGCAUAGAGGACCAUGAUCUCAACACAAAAAGGAAAUCUACCUUAGCUUUAGAGAAAAGCAUUGAAAGUGCCUUAAAAGUGGAAUGUACUCCUGCUUUGGAGAAAAGUUUAUUUGACUGUCCAUUUGGCAAACAGAAUGUGAGAUUACAGAGAAAUGAGGUGCGAACCCUCACUAUGGAGAGACGGGUUGAAAUGGAAGAAAUUGUGACUGAGAUAAAGGUAGAAAUGCUGGGUGAAUCUAAGAGCCACUUAGAGACACAGCCUGUGAGAGGCUCUGCCAUUGUGCCCGCUGAGCAACCAGUGGCAGCAUCAGUUACCAGUCGAAAGGCUAAUGCCACUCAUCUGGGUGGACAUUCUGGAAAUGUAAAAGAGAUUAGAAUUGUAGAUUCUGCUCUUAAAAUCCCAGAAAUCAAAAUUAUUGUGACAGAACAACAGGCAAAAGAAGAGCCAAUGAUUAUACCAAAUAUAGAGAUUACGGACCCAGAAGUCAAAGAGCCUACACAGCCAUUAAUACCUAUUACACCCAAUGAACCUACAUCAGAGUCAGCCAUUUUCCAAAAGGAUGAUGCAAACGAAGUUUUAGACAUAAUGAUCACAGAAAAAAGUGCAGCUGUUACCCCAGUGAUAAUUGAUGUGACACCCACUCAAGAAAGUAAGCAGAAUAAUAUUAUCAUCGAACCAAUGGAGAAAGUGCAGGAAGUUACACCAGUUGAAGAGGCAAAAACGCCUACGGCAGAGCAACCAACUAAUAGUGAGUGCCUCACAAAGAUGGAUACUAAGUUAAUUCCUAAAAUAAAUGUUUCAUAUUCUGAUGAUAGUGAACUAGACCAUGAGCAUCCACAAGUUAAGCCCCUCGUCUUAGAUACAGGAACACCAGAGGAAUUACCCAAAGUGCCUCUGUUUGUGGUCCCUCCUAUUUCUGUAAUCUGUGAGGAUAGCCCUUUUGAAAGCGAAGAGCUUCUUAAAAAUGAGAGUAAAGAAUCAGAAUCCUUGGCGGCUAUGCUCAGGGGGGUCAAGAGUGAUUUAGAAAAUUCUUCUACCCCUGAGUCUGACAAACCCCAUAGUAUUCCACAAAAACAGACUAUAGAAACAAAGGAACAUAGCGUGAUAGACAACAUCCCCUCUGUGUCAUAUAAACCUGUAAUGCCAACAGAAGAAACAACAAUCCAAAAAGCUGAGGACAUCAGUAUUACUGAAACUGAUAAAGUAAAACCACUCAAAGAGUCAAGGAUAGAGUCUUACAUCAUUGGUGAUGAACCAAGAGAAAGAACCCCUAUUGAGAGGCUUGCUGUCAAACCCCCAACACCCCCCAGGAGUCCCAGUACUCUUCGCAGGUUUAUGUCCAGGACUCCCCCUGCCAUUACUGUGGAUGACCCUGCUAACAGUGAGAAGGCAGGAUUGGAGCAGAGUGGUGGAGACACCCCAACGUCCUCCCUGUCUUGUGAGAGCAGCCCCAAGCUGAAAAGAAGGGACAGUCUGACCCUCAUCCGCUCUGCCACGCCUGAGGAGCUGGCGUCUGGAGCUCGCCGCAAGAUCUUCAUCCCCAGGGAGGGAGAAGGGGUAGUGGUGGCGCUGGGUGUGGGUGGUAGCCCACUGGACACCCAGGUCAAGGAGGCGGCUCCAUACUUGUCGCCCAGUCAGGCUCGCAGGGCAGCGUUCCUGCAGGCCCCAGCAGGCUCACAGACCCCACCGCUGGAGAGACGCUCCCCUCUGCUGAGCCGUAGGAAGGCAACUCUGGAGGUGCCUAAAGUUGUGGAGACCAACACAGAGGAGCCAGAGAGCCCAAAGACUGAGGUCAAACCUCCUGAGAAGGAGAAGCUGAACCCCUUCAAAGCUCCUCAGGUUAUCCGUAAAAUCAGGGGAGAGCCCUUCCCAGAUGCCUCAGGACACUUGAAACUCUGGUGCCAGUUCUUCAACGUGCUCAGUGACUCCUCCAUCAAGUGGUACAGGGACGAGGAAGAGAUAGUUGAGGUGAAAAGAAGUGGAGGAGAUGAGAGCCAAGUAGCACUGGCCAUCGUCCAGACAUCCAGUCAAGAUUGUGGGGUGUACGGCUGCACAAUCAAGAACGAAUUUGGGACUGAUUCAACUGACUUCCUUCUCAGCGUAGACUUACUUUCAGAGUACUUCCUGCGUGAGGAUUUAGAAGUUGGAGAAGAGAUAGAAAUGACUCCAAUGCUAUUCACCAAAGGCCUAGCAGACCCGGGAUACUGGGGUGAGAAGUUCUUUGGGCGCAUCAUGACACAAGAGGCCCACCUGGGAGAGGGCUGUGCACACAAGGCCUGCAGGGUGAAGGUCAUCUAUGGCCUGGACCCUGUGUUUGAAUCCGGAACCAACUGCAUCAUCAAAGUACAAAACCCCAUCGCCUAUGGGACCAAUGAGGACAGCAACCUUGCAGAGAGAAACAUGGAAAUGACUAAGCAGGAGUGCAAAAUCCAAAACACAGUUCGGGAGUAUUGCAAAAUCUUUGCUGCUGAGGCGAGGGUGAUUGAAAACUUUGGCUUUUCACUGGAAGUGAGCCCUCUUUAUCUGAUGUACCGCCCUGCCAACUCGGUCCCAUAUGCCACUGUGGAGGCUGACCUGAAGGACAUCUUCCUCAAGUACUGUAUGAUGGAUUCCAAAGACAGGCUCAUCACCAGAGCCACCUCAGAGGUGGAAAUGAAAUGCUGCUCCUUCCAGCAUUGGAUCCACCAAUGGACAAACGGCAACUUACUGGUCACUGGGCUGGAGGGUGUUGGACCAAAGAUCACUAAAGUUAGAAUCGUCACAAAAUUGAAGGGGUAUCAAGGCCUUACAGAGGAUGGUUCUCCUAAGGUGUUUGAGCAGUUCCUGACCCAGCAUCAGUGUAACUACUACUGUGGGCUUCUCAGCCUGAGAACCCUGAAGCCCAUGGACACCCUGCAGCAGCCCCCUAAAAUCAAAGUCUCCCGAAGCCCCCUGCUCGGCAGGAAGUUGGGCUCGUCCAGCCCUCAGCUCAACAGGAAGUUGCGCUCAUCCAGCCCCCAGCUACAGAGAAAAGGACUGAACAGCCCCUUGACAACCAGAAAGCCAACCUCCAGCCCAAAGGUGCCAAGAAAGACUGGGGAGACAGAAAACAAGUCCACAGCCAAACCCAAUGCCGAUGACAGACUCAAAGUUGUGGUAUGAGGUAAAAAAUGACAAAAGGGAAUAUAUAUCAAAACAGCUUCCCUUUUCUUUCACGCAAACAUUCAACUUUGUUUUCCUGUCACCUAUUACUGUAUUUAGUUUGGUUGAAGCUAAGAUGACCAGCAUGGCCUUGAACAAAAUGCAGCAGACUUUGUACCUGAAAAGUCCUCAUCCAAGAGAAAAACAGGGAGAUUAGUUCAAAUCUAGGGAAUAGGUCAAUGACUGACCCUGUUGGAUGGUUAUGUAACAAUACUGUGAAUUUCUCAAUCACAAUCAGUAGAAAGAUACUCCCCCUUCUCCAGCUUACUGUUGAACUGCUGAACUGGUUAAUUGAGUGGAGGUACAGUACUUUUAAGGUCUCUUCAACUUCCAGCACUACGGAAAUGAGACACAGUGAUUCACCUGAACCCAGUGCUCUGUCCUCUGCAAAGGAGAAGAGACUUAUGAAGUGGUUGAAACAAUGGUGCUGGAUGAAAAGCGGUGGCUGUAAGCAGCAAUCUAAUAGCUUGAUGCAGAUGCAAGGGGAUUGGAGUGCACCAACUGCCUUGUACAUUUGUGAUGUACUGUAUAUGUCUUGGACAUACAGUGCAUUCAGAAAGUAUUCAGACCCCUUGACUUUUUCCACAUUUUGUUAAGUUACAGCCUUAUUCUAAAAUUGAUAAAAUCAUUUUUUUCUCUCAUCAAUCUACACACAAUACCAAAUAAUGACUAAGGGAAAAGAGGUUUUCAGAAUUUUUGCAAAUGUAUUAAAAAUAAGACAGAAAUACCUUAUUUACAUAUGUGUUCAGACCCUUUGGUAUGAGACUCGAAAUUGCCUCCUGUUUCCAUUGAUCAUCCUUGAGAUAUUUCUACAACUUGAUUGGAGUCCACCUGUGGUAAAUUCAAUUGAUUGGACAUUUGGAAAGGCACACACCUGUCUAUAUAAGGUCCCACAGUUGACAGUGCAUGUCAAAGCAAAAACCAAGCCAUGAGGUAGAAGGAAUUGUUCGUAGAACUCCGAGACAGGAUUGUGUCGAGGCACAGAUCUGGGGAAGGGUACCAAAAAAUGUCUGCAGCAUUGAGGGUCCCCAAGAACACAGUGGCACCCUUCAUUUUGAAAUGGAAGAAGUUUGGAACCACCAAGACUCUUCCUAGAGCUGGCCGCCUGGUCAAACUGAGCAAUCGGGGGAGAAUAGCCUUGGUCAGGGAGGUGACCAAGAACCUGAUGGUCACUCUGACAGAGCUCCAGAGUUCCUCUGUAGAGAAGGAAGAACCUUCCACAAGGACAACCAUCUCUGCUGCACAUCACCAAUCAGGCCUUUAUGGUAGAGUGGCCAGACAGAAGCCACUCCUCAGUAGAAGGCACAUGACUGCCUGCUUGGAGUUUGCCAAAAGGCACCUAAAGGACUCUCAGACCAUGAGAAACAAGAAACAUGAUAGCUUUUUGGCCUAAAUUCCAAGCAUCAAGUCAGGAGGAACCUGGCACCAUUCCUACAGUGAAGCAUGGUGGUGGCAUCUUCGGGACAAGUCUUUGAAUGUCCUUGAGUGGCCCAGCCAGAGCCUGGACUUGAACCCGAUAAAACAUCUCUGGAGAGACCUGAAAAUAGCUGUGCAGCAACGCUCCCCAUCCAACCUAACAGAGCUUGAGAGGAUCUGCAGAGAAGAAUGAGAGAAACUCACCAAAUACAGGUGUGCCAAGCUUGUAGCGUCAUACCCAAGAAGACUCGAGGCUGUAAUCGCUGCCAAAGGUGCUUCAACAAAGUACUAAGUAAAGGGUCUGAAUACUUGUGAUAUUUCAGUAUUUUUGCAAAAAUGUCUAAAAAACUGUUUUACUUUUUCAUUAUGGGGUAUUGUGUGCAGAUUGAUGAGGGAGAAAAAAACAAUUUAAUCAAUUUUAGAAUAAGGCUGUAAUGUAACAAAAUGUGGAAAAAGUCUAGGGGUCUGAAUACUUCCCAAAUGCACUGUAGAAAUAGUUUUUGUUGGUCAGUAAUUGGAUCUUGUUAAUGUUAGUGGAAUAGCAUGUUCCAAGAUGUUCUAUUAUGGCAGUAUUGUGUCCUAAAACUAUGCAAUGCAGUCUUCCAAAUACUGAGCAAAGACAAUAUUACUCUUGCCUCUUUACUGGGAAUUUGUUUUUGUGCACUUUUUUUGCAAAUGUUUUCUUGCCUUUUGAAAAUUGCCAGGUUUCUGUAGUUCAGUUCAUUUUUGUUGAACUUUAUUAACCCCAUAAUCUGUUAAUUAGAAAAUAAUAUGUUCACAGCUUAAAUCUGAACAGUACAGUACACCGAUCCCCUUACCCUGGUUCCUCAAAGGAUUGGCACUUGUCGUGAUAUGUAACUGACAAAGCUUUGAGUGAUAAACAGUGGGAAGGGGCUUACAGAAAUAAACACUAACUUUGUUAGUGCCAUUUACACACAUGGGUCAACUUACAAAGUGAAAGACAUGGCUAUAUAACAUGAGAACCAUGUAAAAACUGGGUUGGACCUGGCCCAUGGUCAGAGUAAAGCAGUAGCUCACCUGGUAGCUUAUCUUUAUGACUGAAAUUGAUAUGCAUUCACAUCAUUCACACUUCUGGUGUUUACUUAUUCAUGAACUGUAGAUGAUCGUGUCAAAAAUACUGUAAGAAAAUUGUUGUCUGAUGUGACAUGAGCAAACUGUUAAAUGUCUAAUAGCGUGAUAUUGUCACUAGUUUGUAGUGUAUGUACUGUAGUGAGGGAGGGA